AUGCGAAGACCUUACGGAUAUCCUCAUCAAUCAGAUCAUGAUGAGACCCAACCACUCAAUGUUGAUGGUGGAUAUCAAUAUUCUCAAUCUUAUCAAACAGAUGCGAAUAAUAGUAUUCAGAGCUGGCAACAAUUAUUAGGAGGUGAUACAGCGAGCCAAAAAGAUCACUCCUAUCAAGAUGGUUCAUCAGCAGAUUUAUCUGUUAAUCAUACAGUUAAUUUUCAAUUUAAUAAAGAUUCGCCCUGCGAAGAAGUCGACGCUGACGUUGAUUAUGAAACAAUAGUUCGGUCGAAAAAUGUAUACAAUGAUCCACAACCACAAAUUAUACGAAAACCAUUGCAGACAAAUCCAGUUGUUUACAAUCAAAAAAUUAUCAUACGAUUUUUACAACCACCGCCCGUCGAACAAGGACCUCUGAUCAUUCGUGAAGUUCGACCGCCUCAACCUCCACCACAGCCUCCUCUUAUCAUUCGACAACGUCCAGCACCUGCUCGUUCACCAUCGCCACUUGUUCUACGUGAACGACCACCACCAAUCCCAGAUUCCUUAACUUCACAAGUUGUAACGAAAACACUUCCUCCACUACCACCACCACCACGAACAGUCGUCAUAGAAAAAUUACCUCCACUACCACCUAAACCACGUGAUAUUAUCAUUGAACGAUGGAUACCCUAUGAAUCUAUGCAUAAACGUAAAGUGAUCGUUCAACGAGCCGAAGAAGCUAAAGGCUUACCACCACCGAAAAAUGUCAUUAUAAUAUACGAACCAAUACAACCUCGAGUCGUUCGUCAAUUUGAACGAUUAGGUGUUCGGCCUGAAGAUCCAAAUAAAUAUUCAGCAACGUAUGGAAAUGUCUUACUCAGUACUGAACAACUAUUAGCACAAAUCAAAGAACUUGGCAUUACUGUUGAUCUCACUCCACCUCAUUCUUUUGUUAAUCAACAAGAAACAGUAUUUAAUACCGAUACAAACGUCUAUAAUUCCGAUACUGCAACAAAACAACGAAGCUAUGUUGACACUAAUAAUUAUGCUCCGGCCUACGACAAUCUUAUUCGUGGAUCAUCAUCAGCAAUAAAUUAUGCAGACUCAAAUCAACAACAGUUUGGUCACGAUAGUCAAUUUUAUUUAACUGGUACAGAAGAUUCAUCAAGUCAAUUUGGUGCAUACGGCAUAUCAAAUACAAUGAUUCCACAUUAG